AUGUGUGAACGUGUGUUGCAGAGGCCAUCUGUAGGCGCGAGCUCAAGCCAUCUCCAGCUCUUAACUCACUUCGCCAAUCUCAGUCCUGCCAUGAGCCAACCCUUUCUUUCGAACUUAACACUCGUCGACUUCGAUGGCAAAUUUCAGCUCUACCUCUCCGAUCGCGCGCUGCGAUUUACCGACAGCGGUGAGCAGAACAUGAAGAUCAUCCCGCGUGACAGUGUCGCAGCUGUCACCGUUCGAGACACGGACCUCUCGUUCUCCACCACGGACAUUCCGAAAGCGCUGGGCUUUACUCUGGUAAGCAUGGCGUUGUCAGGGUGGCUUGCUCGCCGAUCCAUGUACGGCCUCGUCCAUGCCAAAGGUGCGCUGGACGCCUGCUCUGUCGUUGGAGCACUGGGAGGAGGGUGGGCCGGAAUGCGGAUGGGAUGCUGGCUCUUCCGCAACACGCACAUCCAAGAUGGAUCCUUUGUAGAGGUGCACACUCCUGCAGGAGCACAAAGUUUCAACUGCAGUGAUGCUCAAGCGAGGGAGUUCACACGACUCUUCACUUGA